UGAUAUUGAGCUCGAGCGUGACGCGUUCCGUGUCCGCAUCGUCGAGCAGCUUCCGUUUGUUAGAGAGUACGGCCUCGAUGUUGGACAUUUCCCGAGUGAAAGUUUCCUGGGUGGUUUGCACCUCCCGCUUCAACCGCGAGUUCUCUAAUUCGAGAUAACGCAUCGUUUCGAUGUAAGAUGCCAGACGAUCGUUGAGAUUGAGUGGGUUGCCUGGCCAUCGAUCGACGAUCGGCGUCAACGUGCUCGGCGGCGAUUGGAUGCUGCUCCACAACGACGAGGCGGCGGUUGUCGUGGAGGACGCAGCAGUUAUCGCAAAAGACGGGACGGUUGUCGCGGAGGACGGGAUGGUUGUUGCGGAGGACAAGACGGUUGUCGCGGAGGACGGGACGGUUGUCGCGGAGGACGGGAUGGUUGUCGCGGAGGACGAGACGGUUGUCGCGGAGGACGGAACGGUUGUUGCGGAGGACGCGACAGUUGUUGCGGAGGACGGGACGGUUGUCGCGGAGGACGCGGCGGCAGCCGUAUUCUUUCUAGGCAUCGUUGUCGUCGUUGAGGUCGUACACUAGCGUCACGUACAUCCAUUUUAUGCCGUCUGGAACUACAUGGCCACAUCCACUUUCGGAGCCGAUAAAACAGCCGAUUGG